CUUGUUUGGAGCGUGUAGCGCGUGUAUGGGGCCUACACUGGCGUGUAGCGAUCACGUUGCCAGCGUUUGUGGCCCAGAGUGGCUAGGCGGUGACGGACCCUGGCUACGCUAAGCUUUGGGGUCGCGUGGAGUAGCUCUUUUCGGGCAAAGUGCCAUACUUCAUGCAACUGCAACGGCUGCGAUUGAUAGCGGUCUGCGGGGAGUAUAAGAUGCAUUGCGCCCUUCUGGGGGUCGCUAUCUCCGGCCGCACCGUUCAUUGUUCCCUGAAAGACAUUCGAGUACAGCAGCUGCUUCGACAAGCAUUCCAUCACGUAACAGGGUCGAAGCUGUGGUCCACCCCGCAUUCGAGCUCCCCCUCAGCGUUGGAUAUAUUUCUGUGAGAGCCCGCACAUAGCCGCUCCUCGACAUUCCAACCUCACAAUGGCUUCCCUUCUCCGUACAGCAGGCCGCGCGCGGUCGACAUUUGGCCGCCCAACUGCACAGACAGCGUCCAGUGCGCUGCGACGACAGUAUGCCGCCGCCGCUGCUGCUGCCGUCCCGACCGACGCAGGCGAGCAGGCCUUCUUCCCUGAUGAGCCGAGCCAGCCCAUCGUCAAGACGCAGAUUCCAGGUCCCAAGAGCAAGGCUGCGAUCGAGCGCCUCAGCAAAGUCACCGACACACGCAGCUUGAACAUGAUGGCCAACUACCAGCAGAGCUACGGCAACUACAUUGCAGACCUCGACGGCAACGUGCUGCUCGACGUGUACGCGCAGAUCGCGUCGAUUCCCGUGGGCUACAACAACCCCGCGCUGCAGCUCGCGGCCACGUCGCCCGAGAUGGCGUCGGCCAUCAUCAACCGCCCAGCGCUGGGCAACUUCCCGCAGCACGACUGGGCCGACAUCCUCGAGACGGGCAUCCUCGCCGUGGCGCCCAAGGGGCUCAACCAGGUCUUCACCGCCCAGGCCGGGUCCGACGCCAACGAGCUCGCGUACAAGGCUGCCUUCAUGUGGAAGCGCCAGCAGGAGCGCGGCAGCUACGACGCCGACUUCUCCGAGGCUGAUAUCAGCUCGUCCAUGGACAACAAGUCUCCAGGCGCCCCCGACAUGUCCAUCAUGUCCUUCAAGAAGGGUUUCCACGGCCGCCUCUUCGGCAGCUUGCGCCCUUCCCCACCCUCCGCUACCCCCCUCGACCAAUUCGCCGCCGAGAACGCCGCCGAAGAGCAACGCUGCCUCGACGAGACCGAGCGCCUCAUCAAGGAAUUCCCCAAGCCCGUCGCUGCCGUAGUCAUCGAGCCCAUCCAGUCUGAAGGCGGCGACAACCACGCCUCGCCCGCCUUCUUCCAGGGUCUCCGCGCGCUCACAACCCGCAACAACGUGCUGCUCAUCGUCGACGAAGUCCAAACCGGCGUCGGCGCCACCGGCAAGUUCUGGGCCCACGACCACUGGAACCUCUCGUCGCCCCCGGACAUGGUCACCUUCUCCAAGAAAGCCCAGACCGCGGGUUACUACUACGGCAACGACGCCCUGCGCCCCAACAAACCCUACCGCCAGUUCAAUACCUGGAUGGGCGACCCGGCGCGCGCACUGCUGUUCCGCGCCAUCAUCCAGGAAAUCAAGCGCAUGGACCUCGUCGCCCACACCGCCGCUACCGGCGACUACCUGUUCGCGGGCCUGCAGCGCCUCGCCGAGCGGUAUCCCCAGGACAUCCAGAACCUAAGGGGUAAGGGCCAGGGCACGUUCAUCGCGUGGGACACGCCCAGGCGCGACGAGGUGCUGCGCAGUGCCAAGGCGCACGGCGUGAAUAUUGGCGGCAGCGGGAUGGAGGCUGUGAGGCUGCGGCCGAUGUUGAUCUUCCAGAAGCAUCACGCGGAUAUGCUGUUGGAGCGGUUGGAGGCUGUUAUCAAGCAGUAAGCGGGGGAGUCAUGGUGCAAGGAAGGCGGAAAGAUUUGAUGAGUCUAUGCGUGGAGUUAUGGCGUUGGGGAAUUGGGGACUUGGGAUUGGCGGUGAUGCUGUGUUGGAGUCUAUAGCUUUCGACGGUCUGCGUCAAAAGUAGUUCUAUCAUCAAUUGAUUGCGCUCCUCCUACCCCUCUUCCUUCUUCCUUCGUCUUCUUCUUCUCUUCUUCUUUCAACCUUCUUGUCCUUCGCUUCGUUCGCCCCACUGACGCGAGUGGUCUCCACGACCCAGCAAUCAUGUGCCCAGGCCCACGCUGCCCUGCUCAUGCAGCCUUCUCGCAUCACGCACACCACGCCCCCUGCAAGCAGAGCGGACACUUGUCGCCAUAGCUGGCGCAUGCAGCUAUGGCACUACAGGCCGCCAGAAUGAGUGAGGCGUUGAGAUUGCUUCAGCUGGUGCUGUAGACGCGCACGCCACGCACAGACGAACCAUGUUCCGACGGCGUCC